CGUCGAAGUCUGCAAAAUUAUCUCUUGAUCCAUCCAUUCAUCAUUUUACCACCCCAAUUACCAAAAACUAUUCCAUCUUGCUCACUUCCAACAAUCAGCUAUGGGUGGCCGGACAAGCGCCCCUGCGACCAGGAAACGGACGAGGCAACAGAACGAAGAGGACCCUUCAUCAACAGCAAAGAAACGCCGAACAAAGGCAUCGGAAGAGUCGUCUGCUGAUGAGCCUAAUGACGAUCAAAAGGAUAAUAAACCAGCAUCAACCGCCAACGGGACUUUAAGGCGUGGCCGCAGUCUGAGAAACACACACGCCAAGGACUCGCCGGUCGACGCACCUCCAGAGCAGCCAAAACAGCCAAAACAACCAAAGCAGGCCGCCCGGCAGACCAAGGGCAAGUCUCAACCAAAGAAAGCGCAGCCUUCAAAAAGCAGCCAAAAAAGCAGCGUUUACGAUGUUCCGGACUCGGGUGAGGAUGAACUCAUCACCACUACCGUGGCAUCGUCCCCGAAGGCAACCGUCGCAGCAACCGCUCCGGCCGCGAAGAGAGAGGAGCCCGAGAAGAAGAAACGCGGCCGGCCCAGUAAGCGGGAUCGUGAAGCCAAGGCCAAGGAGCAGAGUGAGGGACCUUCUGUUGUAGCAGUUCCGGCCAGCACAAAGCCAGCUCCACGAUCACGUCGGCCAGCGGGUCGUGAGAGCCCAUCUCUUGAUUCACGCCAAGAAGGAGAACAGGACCCCGAUGGCGAUGGGGAGAAGUCUCGACCAAAAGCCACGGCAAAGGGGAAGCUGAGAGAAGAUCCUGUGGUACCGAAAGGUAUCUUGACGCCUCGGGGGCGCAAGAGCGGCGUUCGUCGGCUACACAAAAGCGUGGCCUUUGACAGCGGCCCCAGUGAAGACGUUCUGGAUAGCUUAGCUGCUGCAUCGCCGUCAAAGUCUGCCAGGAAACGCCGCGAGGCGGCAGAAGCCGUGGACGAAAUGCAGGUCGGCAGCCAGCAGGACGGAGAGGAGGCGCCUUCAGGAGACGAAUCGGAGGAAGAGGACGACGAAGUCUGCGCUAUCUGCUCCAAGCCGGACUCAAAAGCGCCCAACGAGAUCGUAUUCUGCGACAACUGCGACAUGCCCGUACAUCAACAGUGCUAUGGGCUUGCCGAAGUUCCCGAGGGUGACUGGAUCUGCCGCAACUGCUCGCAGGAGGACGCGACCUCGGCUAACCUGGGUGGGGUUAACCAUGGAAUGUCAUCUGUGGUUGCACGGGAGGAACAGCGUCCGGACAUUCCGAACUUCGACCAACACCUCCGCUCGGCACAGCGGGUGCUGUUGGACCGCUGUGUCGGCAAGCGCCGGAUCAAGCUCCGCGGACAGGGUGAAGCUUAUGAGAAGGCCUAUCAGCUUGUGGAACAGACUGUUGUAGCAGGCGAGGGCAACUCCAUGAUGGUGAUCGGGGCGAGGGGGUGUGGCAAGACUACCCUGGUUGAAUCCAUCAUCACCGAUCUGUCGAGACAGCAUGAAAAUCAAUUUCACGUUGUCCGGCUUAGUGGAUUUAUCCAUACCGAUGACAAGCUGGCUCUGAGGGAAAUAUGGCGGCAGCUUGGCAAGGAGAUGGAGGUUGAGGACGAGCUCGUGAACAAGACCACCAACUAUGCGGACACCAUGGCUUCUCUUCUCGCGCUUUUGUCGCACCCGUCUGAGAUAGCAGAAACGCAGGACGGCAUGACGUCCAGGUCCAUCGUUUUCGUCAUUGACGAGUUCGACCUCUUCGCGACACACGCGCGGCAAACCCUUCUCUAUAACCUCUUCGAUAUUGCGCAGGCCCGCAAGGCGCCGAUCGCUGUGCUAGGGCUGACAACGAGGAUUGAUGUGGUUGAAAGCCUCGAAAAGCGAGUGAAGAGCCGGUUCAGUCACCGAUAUGUCUAUCUUUCACUGCCAAAAAGCCUCCCCGUGUACUGGGAUAUCUGCAAGCAGGGACUCAGCAUUGACGACGAGGACAUGGCCCGAGAGGGCAUUGAUCCGAAAUUGAAGGGUCACGACGCCUUUUGGGUUUGGUGGAAUGGGAAAAUUGAUUCCGUCUACAAAACGCAGGGGUUCACAGAUCAUUUGGAAUCACACUUUUUCGGCACGAAAUCGGUGUCUGCGUUUCUGACGACAUGCAUCCUCCCGCUCGCAGCGCUCUCUCCCGCAGCGCCAUCGUUACGUGUACCUGCAGCCGGAGGACUUGUUCCCUCCCUAGAGCCGCCGGACUCCAAGCUGCAUCUCCUCGGAUCCCUCUCCGACCUGGAUCUGUCGAUGCUCAUUUCGGCGGCGCGGUUAGAUAUUGUGGCGCACACCGACACGGUCAACUUCGCCAUGGCCUACGACGAGUACACGUCGCUCAUGAGCAGGCAGCGAGUUCAGACGGCGAGUUCGGGCAUGCUAGCCCUCGGAGGCGGAGCAAGGGUGUGGGGCCGCGGCACCGCAGGAAUCGCGUGGGAGCGCCUCGUCGCACUCGGCCUGCUCGUUCCGGCGGCGGCGGGGGGCAGAGGAACAGCCGGUCUCGGUGGGCUGGACGCCAAGAUGUGGAAGGUUGAUGUUGCGCUCGAAGAGAUUCCGCCGGCGGUGAAACUGAAUGCGGUUUUGUCGCGGUGGUGCAGGGAGAUUUGA